AAUGCGCGCGCCGGACUCGCUCGUGCUCAGACAGACCGAUACGUGAGGAUAAAACAAACGAACUCUGAGUUAUAAAAAAAUAACAACAGAAUAAAAUAGAAUAGAGAGGGAGAGAGUGUGUUUUUGCGAUGGAAUCGGCUGCAAUGAACUUUCAGUAAGUAUCCACUGGAAACUCUGAAGCGAAAAAUACCUGUGUAAAAAUAGCCUCGGUUUCUCUGCUCUGAUGGUCCGGAGCGCCGCUGAUCUGCUGCCGUUACCGAAGGAGCGUCACAGCGCGAGCUGAUCUCCAGCCCGUUACCGGUGUGUGUGUGUGUGUCAGAUGAGCUCAUCAUGGGUGAAGCGUUCACACACACGCAGCGCUGCGGGAAACAUCUGCGACUGCUGCUCUUCAUACUGCUGCCAUGUGUGUGUGUCCUCAUCUGUGUGUGUGUGCUACUGCUGGCGCUCACAGGUUUAUUCGGGAAUGGCCUGCUGGAUGCCGGAUCUUCUGUUUCCGUAGCGACCGCGGGGCCCUUUAACGGCACCGACCCCGGGCCGAUGAUGGCCGAUAAUGGGACGAUGUCUCCGCAGUCCGGCACGCAGCGGGUCGUCCUGACAAACACCCCUCCGCAGUGGGACUCGGCACACUGGAUGCCUCGCGCCGACAGCUCCUCAUCCUCACCGGCGGGCCCCACCACCGCGGCCCCUGUGGACUGGGGGACAUCCGUCUCCACUGUGACGAGCAUGAGCGCUGACGCUGGUUUCUGCUCUGACAUCACGGAGAGUCAGUGUCACAUGCUGCCGUACAACCAGAGUGGUGUGUUGCCGGGGACGACGGUCGUCAAGAGCAGCGAGCUGCAGAUGUUCCUCAAGUUCUUCAGCUACCUGAGCCGACUGUCCUGCUACAGACACAUCAUGCUGUUCGGAUGCUCCAUCGCUCUCCCACAAUGCAUCAGCCACAGAGACCGCAGGACUCUGGUUCUGCCCUGUCAGUCGUUCUGCGAAGCGGCUCGUGAAGGAUGUGAGCCCGUGCUGCAGAUGUUUAACGCGUCCUGGCCGGAGUUCCUGCGCUGCUCUCAGUUCACCAACAACACGGGAACGAACGCCGAGAACACGCCGCUGUGCUACACGCCGCGACACGCCAGAGGAAAGCUCUCUGCGUGCGGAGGAAGCGAUCACUUCCUGUGUGCGACCGGAAUAUGCAUCCCUCUGAAACUAGUGUGCAACGGAUACAACGACUGCGACGACUGGAGCGACGAGGCCGACUGUACUUGUGCGGAGGCUCAGUAUCUGUGUGCCACCGGUCGCUGCAUCAGUUCUGAUCUGCUGUGCGACGGCUACGAUGACUGCGGCGAUCUGAGCGAUGAGCAAAACUGUGUGUGUGACCCGGCUGAAGAGCAUCACUGUGGAGAAGGACGCUGUAUUCCUCGAGACUGGCUCUGUGACGGAGAUCACGACUGCCUGGACAAAAGUGACGAGCUGAACUGCUCGUGCAAGUCCCAGGGUUUAGUGGAGUGCAGGAACAAGCAGUGUAUUCCCAGCGCCUUCCGCUGUGAUGGUGAAGAUGACUGUAAAGAUGGCAGUGAUGAAGAGAACUGCACACAACAGCAGAUUGUUGUUUACGGCUCUCUCUCAGCUCAGGGUUUGUGUCCUCCUGGUCAGUCCAGCUGUACUUCAACCUCAUGCUCCUCUGGCUGUCAUGGAAACACAUCAUGUGACCUGCGCAACACUGGCAACAACUGCAGUGGCUGUGAGCCCAUCUCUCUGGAGAUCUGCAUGAAUCUGCCCUAUAACUCCACCCGCUUCCCCAACUACCUGGGUCAUCACUCUCAGAAGGAGACGUCCGUGAGCUGGGAGUCCUCGCUCUUUCCUGCACUCGUUCAGACAAACUGCUACAAAUAUCUCAUGUUCUUUGCAUGCACGGUGCUCGUGCCCAUGUGUGACCCUGUAACGCAGCAGAGAGUGCCUCCCUGCAGGUCUUUGUGCAGGAAUUCUAAGGAACGAUGUGAAUCAGUGCUGGGAAUUGUGGGAUUGCAGUGGCCUGAGGAUACAGACUGCGCUCAGUUUCCAGAGGAAGGUCAAACAAAUAGUUCCUGUUUGCUUCCUGACCCGGAUGUGAACGAGUGCUCACCCAGUCACUUUAAGUGUCACUCGGGAAGGUGCGUCCUCUCAUCCAAACGCUGUGAUGGACACACAGACUGUGAUGAUGACAGCGACGAGGAAACAUGCGGGUGUGUGGAGCGGGGCUUGUGGGAAUGUCCCGGAGACAAAACCUGCAUCCAUCACAACAUGAUCUGUGACGGCUUUCCUGACUGCAGCCAGCAGGAGGACGAGAAGAACUGCUCUGUGUGUAGCAGUCAUGAGAUGGAGUGUAACAAUCAUCAGUGUGUUCACCGCUCACUGUGGUGUGACGGCAGGAGACACUGCUCUGACAGCUCAGACGAGUGGAAUUGCGUGUCUCUGUCUGACGAGGGUUUUGUGGUGGUGCAUAAGGCUGGGAUGGAGUAUCGGGUGUGUGCGGAUGGAUGGAGCUCAAACCUCAGCAGCGUCGCGUGCACACAGAUGGGUUUAGGUUCUCCUCUCUCUGCAGACGUGGUGCUGGACGUGUCGUCUGCUGCAGGACGGAGGCGCUGGCUGCAUGUUGACCCAGACUGGAAUCCACAGAACAUGUUUCCUCUACAGGGCCUGCUGGAAAAGCGAGGGCAGAGCUGCCCAUCGUACAAGAAGAUCUCACUGAACUGCACAAGAGACGAAUGUGGCCGUCGGCCGGCUGCUCGGAUGGUGAAGAGGAUUCUGGGAGGCCGCACGAGUCGCCCGGGCCGAUGGCCAUGGCAGUGCUCCCUACAGAGUGAACCCAGCGGACACAUCUGCGGCUGUGUGCUCAUCAGGAACAAGUGGGCACUAACUGUAGCGCACUGCUUUGAGGGGCGUGAGAGUGCAGACGUGUGGAAAGUGGUUCUUGGCAUCAGUAAUCUGGAUCAUCCGUCUCCAUACAUGCAAACGCGGCGCGUCAAAAGCAUCGUCGUCCACUCGCGCUACAACCGGGCCGUGGUGGACUACGACAUCAGCGUGCUGGAGCUGGAGACCGAGGUGGAGGUGACCAGUUACGUGCGUCCCGUCUGUCUGCCCGGCCGCGGUCAGCUGCCCAAAGCUGACCAGUACUGCCACAUCACGGGCUGGGGACACGUGGGGAACAGAAUGCCGUUUAAGCUCCAGGAGGGAGAGGUGAGGAUCAUCUCGGUCUCUCAGUGUCAGUCUUACUUCGACAUGAAGACCAUCACGUCACGCAUGCUCUGUGCCGGAUACGAGGCGGGAACCAUCGACUCCUGCAUGGGUGACAGCGGCGGUCCACUGGUCUGUGAGGAGGAUGACGGCCGCUGGUCUCUAUACGGUUUGACCUCCUGGGGGUCUGUGUGUUUCUCUAAGGUCCUGGGCCCCGGCGUCUACGCCAAUGUGACACACUUCACUGAGUGGAUCGAGAGACAGAUUUACAUGCGCACAUUUAACCUGCUGUAGGUGAACACACACACACAUGCUCAUAAACACUCACUCUUGCACACACACUUGUACACACACUCACGCGCACACACAAAUACUCUUGCACACACACUCACACUCACGUACACUCACACACUCAGCUGGAGAUGAACUGCGCUUGAACAAGGACAAAAAGACGUCUGUGAGCCUGCUACACUGCUCAUUCCAAAAAGAGACGAUGUGUGUGUGUGUGUGUGUGUGUACACCUGUUUUUCUAUUCAGGUGGGGACUUAAACCUGAAUACACACAGACUCAUGGGGACUCGUGUCACGGGUAAACAAGCUAAUAAAUCACACAGAAUGAAGUUUUCUGAAAAUCUAAAAAUGCCUGUAGUCUCCUGUAAGGGGUAGGUUUAGGUGUAGGGUUGGUGUAGGACAAUAGAAUAUACGGUCUGUACAGUAGAGAAACCAUUACGCCUAUGGGAUGUCCCCACAAGGAUAGCAAACCAGACGUGUGUGUGUGUGUCAGUCGUUUUUGGCGUAAGGCAAGCGUCCAUCACAUGUCUGGUGUCUCUGUGGCAGUAGCGUCUCAAGCUCUCCAGAGGGCGAUGGUGUUUCCUUCAGAUUGGUCACAGCAGAUGUGUUCAUUAUCAGACAGCUGCUGGAAACAUGUGGACAGUGACAUUAACCUGUUCAAGAGAUUCUCUUCAGACUCUUGCUCCGCCAUGACAGUAGCAAAGCUGAAACACAAACGCACUGUUUGCGCUAAUGCCAGAUAAAGCAGCCUUUAUAGACUCCAGCUGCGUUACAUAUAGAGUUUCUCAUUUCAGAACAAAACAACGCAAGAAACCAAGCUUCUGUAGCGAGAAGCAUCAGUGCUCACAAACUACAGAAACAGAGAAUCACUUGUUCAUUUACUCACUUACACCACUGAAACAGACACUAGUGAGUGUGUGUGUGUGUUAAAGGUGGAUAAAAACUGUUUCACACUUCCUGCAUCUGCAGCACAUCAGAAAAGCAACAGCAAUCAUCAGUAGAUGUUCACUUGCACUGUUUUUGUAGGUGCACUGAUUUCUGAGUUCCUGCAUUUAUAAACAGCCAUAAUAAAUAACACCUUGAUUGUCAUAAAAAUCUAUUUACAUGAGGAGGGGAAUCCGAUGAACUCCAUGAUAUGUCAAUAAUCUACCCAGAAUUCAAAGCGCAGCUGUAAAGUGAGCAGAAUGUGUGUGUCUGUCACUGUAGACGUCUAGUGUUUUGACUCUCGUGUGAGGAUCUCUGCUGAUAAACGGCUCGCCGCUCGUGCUGCAGGUGUGUGAUUGUGAAACAGGCUUCACUAUUUUACACCAGCUCAAAGGGCUCCUGCUGCUCACCUUAGUCUCCUCUCUAGUUCUCUCUGCUGCUAUUGGUUGGUUCUGUAAAUUGGCGGGACCUUCGAAACCUCUCAACCAAUGAUAUUCUCUGAUGGUUUGUGUUGUUGAUGCCGUCAGUGUGUUUCUGGGAUUCUCUCAAUGUUAAACGUGUUUGUGCUUUAGUAAUAUUGUGCUUCGUAUGACUGUGUCACAAGCUUCUGCCUUUAAUGCAACAUUCCAUCUGUUUUCAUUUUUUAAAGAAUAUUUUUCUACUGAUUUUGUGCACAUAAAGCAGUAAAUCUGAACUCUGAUGUACUAUGUUUUUAAUGCUCUGUAAAUACAGUUCACAUUUGUGUAAAAAUGCACAUUAAAGAUUUCUAUCCAUUA